UACGCGCACGCAGGGGGGGUUUCCGAGUACCUAGAAACCCCCCCUGGUCUCCGAUCCAUCGGCGCUCCCGUCCGAUUUUUUUUUUUUUUAAAUGAGGAGAAGCUUAUGCAGCAGCUCCCUCCUCUUUACACUGUCCGAGUGACAGUGUGGACCUGGCUGCUGCUGCUGGCUGCCUGUAGGGGGAGCUGCAGCGGAAACGCGCAGCUCCUCUCAGGCAGUUCAAGGGGCCAUGACUGAGACAGAGCUACGUGAGGCAGGUCUGCUGUUUUCGGCUUCCACUGUAGUGUAAGAAUCUGCUUCUGUGUAUCUGAGCAAUAACAUGCCCAUAAAGCCUUUCUCCUUCCCUCUCCCUGAGACACGAUUCCUGCAUACCGCAAAGUAUGUGUAUAAGUUCAAAAUCCAAUAUGGCUUCCAAUUUAGCUCAGAAGAUGCAGAAAACUAUGAGUAUACUGUAAAAGAAUUAUUGGAUUCCAUUCGGGCCAUACUUGCCAACCAUGAUCAUUUACAUCCGUUCUCUACAAAGCAUUUCAUAAUUUUUCCUUACAAGAACAAAUGGCAGAGUGCUUCUCGGCUAAGGUUUAAACAUGGGCAUAAGUUCCUCCUUCCAUUUCCAUAUGUUUUUACAAUAUAUAUAGAGCCUCACUCUAUGGUCUAUGAGAGUUGCUCUGGGAAGAUCAGUGAAAAAACCAAUCAGCAUGUAGUGGAAGAACUGAGGGACAGUGCAAACUGCAGGAAUCUCGACACUAACACCAUGUCCCCUGCAACUGCCUCCGUCUUUGUUAUACUUGCUGUGUUGAUCCUACAAACUCAGAGCUUUGACUCCUUGACACCAGGAUGUCACCUUCAUCCAUUUAAUGUUACUGUAAGAAGUGAUCGUAGAGGGACUUGCAGAGGGACCCAAGUCAUCAAUGCAUGUGUGGGACACUGCGAAUCCAGUGCAUUCCCUUCCAAGUACUCGGUGUUAGUGGCCAGCGGAUUCAAGCACAAUAUAACAUCUGUGUCACAGUGCUGCACAAUCAGCAAGCUGCAGAAGGUAAAGGUUCGGCUGUUCUGUGGCGCCUCUCGUUGGGAGGAAAUAGAGAUUGGCUCUGCUCUGGCAUGCCAGUGUGACAUGUGCCGGCUGUCCCGCUAUUAACGCUCUGCCAUUUGUAUGCUGCUAGCAAUGCCAGGCUGCCAGUACCCAAGAGCAUAGUUAGAAUAAAUAGCAGUAGCUGCAUUUCUUUCAUAGAUGUACAUAAUAUAACAAGCCGUAGGCACACUCUCUUCAUACUGCUACAGUACAACUACAGCCUAGGCCAGCACCAUCCUCCAUGCACUAUGGGGGACUUUUACUGUAUGCAAAGUGGAGCACAAGGUAAAGGUGAUCUAUAAAUAGCAACUACUACAUCUGGAUUCUAGCUAUUGUCUUACUUACAUAGUUUUACAUUUAAAGCAGAUGCCUAACUUGUUGCUACGGGUAACACCACCAUUACUUUGUGCACCAGUUCUCAUAAAUGUCCCUGUAUUUCCACAGUGUGUUCGAACAAUUUAUUUAUAACUAAAAUAUUAACUAUAUUUAUAUAAUAAUAUUAUAUGUGAAUUUGUGACAAAGGCAGGCUUGAAACACAAGUUCUGCUCUUAGAUGUUUUUGUUAUUUUAUUUAAGUAUUUAAAAUAGUUAUGACUGAAUGUUCUGUUUACAAUAAAAUUAUGUUUGUAUUUAA